AUCUUCAAAUAACAAGCCACUUAAAGAAUUAUUAUUUAUGUAUUUCUAUGUGCAGUACAGAGUGAAUUUUUUUUAAUGAAAGUAGAUGGGUACUCCUUAGUGUACUACAGAAUGUUUUAUCCAAAAUACGGUAAAUUCUUCCUACGGUAAAGAUUCUCCUGCUUACGAUGCAAUGAUCGGAUUUGUACUAUUAUGGUCUAAAAGAUUUUUAAUUAAAACAAAAGUUUCUGUAGGAGGAACACCAGAUGGCUGAAACGAGAUAGGAGCACCCAGUAUAGAAAACGAGAUAUUAUAGCUGUUUAUCUUAAGAAUUAUCACAAUGAUAAAAGUCGACGAAAAUGAUCCCGUAGGGGAGGUUCAAUUAAGUUUCCCACAUAGAGAAGUUCAAAUUCAAAGAGGGAAAGAUCCAAAGGAUUUUUACACGUUAGAGGAAGAAAUUGGAAGAGGAAAAUUUGGUACAGUAUACAGAUGCAAAGAAAAAUCGACCGGAUUGUGUCUAGCAGCAAAAUUCAUCGGUUGUCCUAAAAAAGAAGACAGACGAAAUGUGGAGAGAGAAAUAGAUAUAAUGCGGUCUCUUCAACAUCCCCGGUUAAUUCAGAUAUAUGAUGCUUUUGAAAAUGGAAAGAUCAUGACAGUUAUUUUAGAAUUAAUCGAAGGCGGCGAGUUGUUCGAGAGGGUCAUCGACGACGACUUCAUAUUGACUGAGAAAAGCUGCACGGUUUUCAUGAGGCAAAUAUGCGAAGGCGUCGAUUUCAUACACAAACAGAGGAUAUUACAUUUAGACAUGAAGCCGGAAAACAUACUUUGUCUGACGAAAACCGGAAACAGGAUUAAGAUAAUCGACUUUGGGUUAGCCAGGAAGUUCGACCCCAACAAGAAACUCCAAGUUUUAUUCGGCACUCCAGAGUUCGUAGCUCCCGAAGUCGUCAACUUCGACGAAAUCGGAUACGGAACGGACAUGUGGUCGGUGGGAGUUAUCUGCUAUGUGCUGUUAUCUGGUCUCUCUCCAUUUAUGGGUCACACAGACGUGGAAACCAUGGCGAACGUCACCAUAGCCAAAUAUGACUUCGAGGAUGAGGCAUUUGAUGAAAUAUCGGAAAACGCAAAAGACUUUAUAAGAAAACUCCUCAUCAAAGACAUGAACCAGCGCCUAUCGGCAACAGACUGCCUCAAUCACGACUGGCUCAAACGGAAGAAGUCGCCGCCUACUCUCCCGAAAACACCCAGCAUGGACGUCACCAAGGACAAUUUGAAACAGUUCGUUGAAAGGUGGAACGAGCAUCCUAACUCACCGUAUGUUUUUGAGAUUAGUUCCCAUGUGAUAUCACCAUCGAUGCUGCCUAAUGGCGAAGAAAACCUUUCUGGUUCCAGUCAAUCUCUAAUCGGUGAGUCACCUUCUCCGUGUGGGUCUUUAGCCUCAUCACCAGGGUCAGACAACGCUUUUGUGAACGAUGGACAAGAAAGUUUAGAGCAGCAACUAUUAGCACCACCAGUUGAGCACUUCAGAAGAGCUUCUGACAGCACUUGUGUGGUGAAAACAAAUGAUAUUACAGAGAGAAUGAAUUUGGCUGAAGAAAUUAGAAAAUUAUCAGAUAAACUUUUCCAACUGUCUAAUUUCAAUACGAGUCUCACUAAUAAAGAGGCAGUAUUUAAAAACGAAGUCUCUGUAGCCAAAGAGGAAACUAUUACUAGGAGUGUACCGAUAACAAUCACAGGAAGAAAGCACAAAGAUGACGUCAUAGCUCUCGAUGAUGAAAACAAAGAAACAAUAGGAAUUCCAUGGAGAAAAUCAAAAUUUAAAGUAAACAAUAUGUCCAGAGACGUACCUCUUAGUGUAAAAACUAUACAUAAACCAGUAAAUUCCCACUUCACCACAAAAACCAACAACUUGAGCAGUCCUAAUGGCACCAAAGACUUGUUGCUUCAGCUGCUAGAACAGUGGGACGGACCCAAAGGUCCAGUGAGACAAAAUAUAAGGCAUGGUUCUGUAUCUACUGACUACAAUACUGAGAAUGAAUCGUUAGGACAAAGAACUAUCAGCUCUCUCAACACCUUCUUCCAGUCCAGAUCUGCCAAUAAGUUGGGGCCAUUUAGGGUUAUUCAUAAAACUUAAAUUCUAUCAUAUAUUAAGGAUCAUAGUAAUAAAGAACCACAAAAAAAACGUUUUGGUCAUAUUUUAUAAUCGUAUAUAGCAAUACAAAACAGUAAAGUAGAAUGUACUAACAUUCUGAUAAUAUGAUCGCAACGUAUCCAAAGUAAAGUCAAAUAAAUUAUAUGUAUUUAUUAAAAACCCUCAAAGGGCUACAUCUAAAUCACAUAACGUUUUCGAUCUAAAUAGAUCAUCAUCAGGCUGAUACAGGCUAAUCACAUGUUGAAUCACCAAAAAUACAUGCGUAAAAACCUCUUAAAUGUUUAAAAAAUAUAUGUUAAACAUACAGGGUGAGUUUUUAGUGCGGGAUCGGUCGAUAUUUCCAUUACGGUAUAGAAUAUCGAAAAAAGUUAUUUAGAAAAAAUGUAGGCAAUGAUAUUCUCUACGCUUGGAAAAUAUGUCCAUUUCUACAGGGUGAUCAAUAACAGCGUGGUAUAUCAAACAUAUAAUUUUUUAAAUGGGACACCCUAUAUCUUUUUUCAUAUUUAUAUUCCCCUCAUAAUUCUUGUUCAUAUAAUAUAGGGUUUUGCAUUACUAUACAGAGUAUUUAACAAGUUAUGACCAUUUUUAUUUCGAAAUCACUAUGAGAUUAACACCCUGUAUAUAAAGAAGUAAUUCAUAGACAAUAAUUUGUUUUAUGUAGUAAGAUAAACAAUAUACUGUAGUUUUUAAAUUAAGUCCAAUUGAAAUCAUUGACGAAUGUUUGUAUACAGGAUGAACUACAAAACCAAAUUACGAUUUUCUCUAUUUUUUUAAAUGGAUCACCGUAUAUUUUAUUUUUCGAAAAUAUUGUAUUUAUUAUACUCUUUCAUUUUUAUAUAGCAUUCCCUAUAUCUAAACUUAUUACUUUCGGAGAUAUUUUUAGUUUUCUUCAACUUUCGGGAAUACAUUCAAUUUUUCUAGUAGAAAUAAGUUGGUAUUGAAUGAUAAUUAAACAAAAUUAUUUUUAUUCAAUAAAUAACUAACACAAAAUAUAAACCACAGCAAUAUGCAAUGAAUGUAUCAAUAAAUGUGAUAUUAAGGAAUUAUCAUAUUUCUCUAAUAGAUAUACAAGAAUCAUACAAUUCUUACAAAAAAAUAUAGGUAUCUUGUGUAUAAUAAAAUUACAAGAUUAUUUUUAUUUAAUAAACAACUCACACAAAACAUAAAUCAAAACAAUAUACAACUAAUUUAAUAGUUUUUAGAUUAUUAUAUCAACAGCAUUCUAAACUAAGAAGUUUUUAGUAACACAUUCCUAAUUGCAGAUUGUGACCCGCAGUUAUUAAUAAUAUAAUUUUCAUAUUAAAUUUCAUUAAUAUGCAUCAAGAAAUCCCUAUUUUGUUAACACUCAAACUAGGUGAUCUAUAAAUGUUUAAGGUGAUAUUGUUAGAGAUUAUGUGAUUGGUCCACAUUUUUUGACGGUUGAGGUUUUUAUACGACGAUGCUCCAGUUCUUCCAAAAUUGAUUUUUUUCAAGAGGGGCUAUAUAAAAAACCUUGUAUACCAGAAGCAUGCAACAACGCUUGAUGAUAUGAAAAAUAAAAUAAAAGAAGCUUUUAAUAAUAUUGACUUACAAAAAUGUUAGAAAUGUGGCUCGGUCAUUUGAAUAUCGGAAAGUGGUCAUUUUCAACAUUUACUUUAGACUUAUAUCCUUAACAUCACAUUAAUUGGUACAUUCAUUAAAUUUUGUUAUGGUUUAUUAUUUUUUUGUUAGUUAUUUAUUGAAUGAAAAUAUUUGUUAUAUUAUUACAUAAUACUUAUUUGUUAAGUUAUUUAUAUUUAUAAGAAUUGAAUGUAUUCCCGGCAAAUGAAGAAAACUAAACAUAUCUUAGAAACUAAUAAGUUUAGGUAUAGGAGAUGCUAUAUAAAAAUGAAAGAGUAUCAUAAAUACAAUAUUUCAAAAAAAAAAAAUAAAAUAUUGGGUGAUCUAUUAAAAAAAAAUUGAGAAAAUCAUAAUUUUGUUUUGUAGUUUAAAAGUGCUUGUAAAAAUGAAUGCUUCUACUAAAAAAUUCUUGGCUUAGAAUGCUGUUGAUAUACCAAUCUAAAAACUGUUACAUCAGUUGUAUAUUGUUUUGAUUUAUGUUUCAUGUGUUAUUUAUCGAAUAAAAAUAAUCUUGUUAUAUUAUUAUAUACAAUACAAAGUUUUUUUUUGUAGGAAUUUUACGAUUCUUGUAUAUUAGGGAAAUAUGAUAAUUUCUUAAUAUCAUAUUUAUUGGUAUAUUCACUACAUAUUGCUAUGGUUUAUAAGUAUUUUGUGUUAGUUAUUUAUCUAAUAAAAAUAAUUUUGUUUAAUUAUCACUCAAUACCAACUUAUUUCUACUAGAAAAAUUGAAUGUAUUCCCGAAAGUUGAAGUAAACUAAAAAUAUCUCGGAAAGUAAUCAGUUUAGAUAUAGGGAAUGCUAUAUAAAAAUGAAAGAGUAUAUUAAAUACAAUAAUGUUGAAAAAUAAAAUAUAGGGUGAUCGAUUUAAAAAAAUAGAGAAAAUCGUAAUUUGGUUUUGUAGUUCACCCUGUAUACAAAUAUUCGUCAAUGAUGUGAAUUGGACUUAAUUUAAAAACUACAGUAUAUUGUUUAUCUUAUUACAUAAAACAAAUUAUUGUCUACGAAUUACUUCUUUAUAUACAGGGUGUUAAUCUCAUAGUGAUUUCGAAAUAAAAAUGGUCAUAACUUGUUAAAUACUCUGUAUAGUAAUGCAAAACUCUAUAUUAUAUGAACAAGAAUUAUGAGGGGAAUAUAAAUAUGAAAAAAGAUAUAGGGUGUCCCAUGCAGUUACUGAUCACCCUGUAGAAAUGGACAUAUUUUCCAAGCGUGGAGAAUAUCAUUUCCUACAUUUUUUUUAAAUAACUUUUCUCGAUAUUUUAUACUAUAAUGGAGUUAUCGACCGAUCCCUCACUAAAAACUCACCCUGUAUAUUUCAGACAAGCAAUCCACGUGAGAAGGGCCCAAUUCCAUGUGGGAAGUCAUAUGAUGUCAAAGGCUAUAUCUGUAAGAAUUUCAUCUAUCGCUUGAAUUUAUUAAUAAUAAUGUAACUUUGACAUAUUUUCAUAACAUUUAAAGGGUUUUUACCCAUGUAUUUUUGGUGGCUCAGCAUAUAUGAUUAGCCUGUAUCAGCACUGAUAAUGAUCUGUUUAGAUCGAGAACGUUCUGUGAUUUAGAUGUAGUCCUUUGAGGGUUUUUAGUAAAUGUGUGCCUUUUAUAAAGGAUUUUUCAAUAAAAUUUUUGUUCAUUUUUUAUUACUUAUAUGACCGUAUUGCAACAGACUUUACUCGUAGAAUUUAAGAAACCGACGAAGUUCAGAGAAUGAGAGAAUCCUUUUGGGUUUUGAAAUAUUCCUUAUUAAGUAUAGUUUAGUAGCCUAUGUUAUCAUUAUCAGCAUUUUUUAUUGUUGUAAUAUUUUUUACAAUGUACAUAAGGGACCAGAGUAGCUUCGCAAAAUUUAUCUUGAUGUUUGUGAAUCGUUGUUGAUGUAAUAUUUAAAUAAAGGAACAAUAUUUGAUGUUUUA